AACCUUUCUUUUGCACCUGAAGGCAACACGACGAACGAACGGAAGUGACGUUAUGGUCGUCAAGGGACGUUUUGGUUUACGGAAGUGAUUGAGCUGUUGGUAGUUUGUUAAAGAGCGAAUUACUGACCGCAUUUAAAACCUUUUCAACGACUAAAUGAAUGUUUUUUGGUAACAUUGCUUUGACUUGCAUCUGUUAAACCGAUAAAGAAGUCGAAUGUGUCGAUAUUUUUUCCGGAAGAACAUGACACACAUAUGAUGCUAACUCGGUUAGCUUCAUAAACAUCAACAACACGAACAACAUGGCAGAUGUUCGUCCUCCCGCUCCAGGAUCGGUGCUAGUAAGUGACUGGCAUCGAUGUAAGGAGAGCAAAGAGUUUUUCAACAAGAUUCUCCACAAGAAAAUGCGCAAAAACUUCGGCCUGUUGGAGUCUCCAGUGAUGCCUCCACAAGUGGCUGUGGACACAGUUCACUAUAAGAUUUUUAUCUCUGGCAAAAGUGGAGUUGGGAAAACUGCACUUGCUGCUCGUCUCGCUGGUCUGAGUAUUCCUAACUUGCACUAUGAAACAACAGGGAUUGAAACAUCAGUGGUGUAUUGGCCAGUGAAGCUGAAAGACAGCGGCAGAGUGCUUUUCUUCCGUCUACAGCUGUGGGACUGUGGAGAGAACGCCUUACGUAGAUUCGACCAUUUGCUUCCCUCUUGUAAGGAGCAGGUGGACGCCGUCCUUUUCCUGUUUUCCUUCACCGACAGGACAUCCUUUGACGAUCUGUCCAAUCAAAUCGCCAAGUGGAUGGUUCCACCUGUGAGUCCAGUGGUCAAACUGGUGGUUGGCACCAAAUUUGAUCUCUUCAUGCACUGUGACGUGGCAGAGAGAGACGUGAAGCUCUUCCAGGAGAGGUGGAGGUUACCGCUGCUGCGCGUGGGAGGGGAGGUCAGCGACGGCCUGGGUGACGUAGCUCCCGUCCUCAACUGUCUGGCAGAGCAGCUGUGGCAUCAGGAUUGCGUCACAGCGGGAUCCACAGGCAUCCACACACAGGAGACGGAGACUCUUCUCUGAAUACUUAAGAGUUAAAAAAAAAGAAAGAAAAAAACUCAAUGUACAAACACCUCAGUGUCUGCCUUUGAGGAACUGCUUUAGCAGCAGGUCUGAGAAACUUACUUUACACUGGUUUUACCAAGGGAUUUAGUUGAGUCAUGGUAGGAAAAAAAAAAAAGGAAAGAAAAAGUGUUUCAAGGCCGUUUUAAGGUCAGGAUCAGGGUUUAUUUGUGACUUCUCCGUCCCUAAUCACCAGUUUUGGGUCUCCUGACCAGGGCAUGAUGAGUAUCUCACAGCAGUAAAAAGUGAAGGGCCUUUAAAGUAAUGGCUCAAACACUGUAGAACUGUCUCACUUUUUUGCCUUUGCUCCGUGCAUGUCUUUUAGGGUGCUCAGUUUCCUGAGUUCUGCAUACAUUUACAAUGUUUUCUCCUAAUCUUUGUGAUUUGUGUCCUUGUAUUUAAUACCCAUGUGUUUGUAAAUCACUGAAUUCAUUUUUUCCCCCCUCUAUAGCUGCUGUAGAAAAUUUUACUUUAUCUGAAAAUGCAUUUGCUCAGUCAAAACAGAUUAAUUUUACUGUAAAUGCCCAGUUAGCCAUUUAUCAUGACAUGGAUUGAGGCAUGUGCUGUAUAAGUUUGGCUUGAUCAGAUUAUUUUAUUUUUCCGUAAUUUAUAAAAACAAGGCAGGUAUUAAAUACGAGCAACAGCAAAAAAAAAAAAA